CAUCCCUAAUUUGCCCAAUCACUUCUUCCAAACGACAUCCCAUGGCUGCUCCUCACACCUUCCUCUCCUUCUCAUCCCCUCCGCGCCUCCUCCUCGUCUCUCCUUCAUCCACUCUCCGCUCCUCUUUCGGCGGCGUCUCUCUCAUCAACCUCCGCCGUCCCCAAUCUGUUUCCUUCUCCGCCUCGAAGAAGAAAUCGCUGACUGUCGUCUCCGCCGCGAAGAAAGCUGUUGCUGUGCUCAAGGGUAACUCCGAUGUCGAAGGAGUUGUUACUUUGACUCAAGACGACUCAGGUCCGACAAAAGUGAAUGUUCGUAUCACCGGUCUCACUCCAGGGCCUCAUGGCUUUCACCUCCAUGAGUUUGGUGAUACAACAAAUGGUUGCAUCUCAACAGGGCCACAUUUCAACCCUAACAACAUGACACACGGAGCUCCUCAAGACGAGAUCCGUCACGCGGGUGACCUGGGAAACAUUAUUGCCAACGCCGAUGGCGUGGCAGAAACAACACUUGUGGACAAUCAGAUUCCUCUGAGUGGUCCUAAUUCUGUUGUUGGGAGAGCCUUUGUGGUUCACGAGCUUAAGGAUGACCUCGGAAAGGGCGGGCAUGAGCUUAGCCUGACCACUGGAAAUGCAGGCGGGAGAUUGGCAUGCGGUGUGGUUGGUUUGACGCCGCUCUAAGUCUGGGGCUAAGUAACGUACUUUGGUGUCUACUGUGUUGUUCUUGUUCUUGUCUGUUGAAUCAGAUGUCAAAUAAUGUUGGCUGAGAAUAAUCUUUUGAUGUUUCUCUUGCUGGAGUUGUGCCUUUGUAAACGUGUUUGUUACUUUUGGUUUAAAUCUGCAUUCGAUCGUUUUAGAUCA